AUGCCGCCGACGGAGCGUGUUCUGGCCGAAUGUGAGAUUCGAUCGUUGAUUAUCAAGGAACGGUAUUAUCGAGAUAGCAAUCAAUGGCAGAAGCUCAGAGGUUGUUAUCAUCCGGAUGCGAGUCGGACGUGGUUGAAUAUCUCAUGGUUCACCGGCGACAUCGACGCCUUCGUCAAAGGGUCGAUAGGUAUGGCCGACGGCGGAACGACUUCAUCACAUAACAUUCAGCCUGCCGAAGUCCAGAUCAACAACGACAAAGCGUUUGUGGUAUCAACAGGCAACAUCAACAUCCGGGUUGAAUUUGACGGCGUCGAGUACGAACUCAUUUCAGCAAUGCGUCUUUUGUCGCGGCUGGAACGGGUUUCUGCACCUGGUGGAUGCGGAGAAUGGUUCAUUGUUCGGGUGGAGAUUAUCUACGAUCGCGACUACAUCAUUCCGACAAGUCCACUUACUGGAAAAGAACCCACGUUACAGUUACCGAAGGACGCGAGACCGAGCUAUAAGUUUCUGGACUAUGUACUCAGUCGGCAGGGGUUUAGUAUUAACAAGAAUCUUGCGGGCACCGAUAAAGCAGGUCGCGAGGCUGCGGCGAAGUUGAUGGAGGAAUCCGAGCAAUGGUUAGCGGCGACGUGA